AUGGGCUACGUCGGCGUCUCCCUCAUCAUCGCCUCCGUCGUCUGGGUCAUCGUCGCCCCUCCGCCAUGGAUACACCCCUUCAUGCCGCCCUUCCUCCUCUCCUGGCACAACGCCCUACCGCCGCCGCCGCCGCAAGAUGAGACGAAAGGUCGCGCAUCCGCGCCCGAGCGACCGCCGUCUCCCAACGACGAGAAGCGCAACGCCGCCCCUGCCCCGCCGCCGCCCUCCAUCAACUUCCCCGAAGAACCCGCGACCGCACCCUCAAAGACGAAAGACGCCCUCGCCAUGCCCCCUCCCCCCACCAUCCGCCGCCCGAGCCCGGCCCCCGCGCCGCCGACGAUAGCUGAACCGGAAGAGGAGGAACAGACGACCCCAAAGGCGAAGCCCUCCACGCCGGCGAUCGCCGUGCCCUCGUUCUCCCUCGAGCCUCCCAACAACCUCUCCACGGGCGCAACGAACCCGAUCCCGGGCCGAGGAAGCAUGCCUCCUCCCCCGGCACCAAGCACCACCACCUCCAACAGUAUGAUGCCGCCGCCGCCGCCAUCGGCACCCCGCGGCCCAGUGCCCCCUCGCCUGGCCGCCUUUCCAGCGAUGAACUCCCCCCAGCGCGCCCGCCCAGUCCCCAACCGCGGCCCCGCCUCGAGCUCAUCCUCCUCGCUGGCGCCUCCCCCGACGCACUCCGUCAAACCGUCCAAGCCGAGCCGGAAGGUGAUACUCACGCCGGGCCACUCUCCGCUCGACUGGGCGCGCAUCUCGGGCCCCAACGCGGACCUGCGCAACCUGCCGCCGUCUACGCCGUAUCUCAAGGUCACGCCGUCGAUGCUGAAGAAGAUGACCGGUCGCAAGGGAAAGGAUGCGUGGAUGGCGUUGGGCGGCAGGGUAUAUAACAUCACGCCGUACCUGCCGUAUCACCCGGCCGGCGAGCCUGAAUUACUUCGUGGCGCGGGGCGGGACGGGACAAAGUUGUUCGGCGAGAUUCAUCCCUGGGUCAACUACGAGACCAUGCUUUCGGCGUGUCUUGUUGGGUUGUUGGUGGAUGAGGAAGAAGUCGUAAAGCCUAGCGCCAUGGACGAGAUGGAUUGA